AUGCCCGGCGCCCAGGAGGCGGCGGAGAAGCGCUGGAGCGGCUACGGCCGCCCGCCGCAGAACAUCAAGCGGGACCCGCGGAGCUACCCGCACAACGGCCAGCUCUGGCGACUGCUAAAGAAAGCGAGUGAUCGCAAAACCCAAGUCAGCAAGCACCAGCGCCUCUACACGGUCAACGAGAGAAUAUGGAGAAAGAGCCACAAAGGCGACGCCCCGCGCGAUUCCGGUCUGAGCGCGUCCGAGGCGACGCAGAAGGCUCGAGACUUUGACCUGGAAGCUCGAGAGCGACGGAAGGCGAGAGACAAGCCCCUGCCCUUACCUCCUGGGUAUUAUGGCUCUAGGAAAAGAAAGGGGCCCAAGACCAAAGCCGCGAGUCGUUUCGAAGGUUCUCUCGCGACGGACAACAACACGCGCUUGCACUUUGGGGCCGCGAUCGCCUUGCAAGCUCAUGUGAACAACGACGCGUUUUGCGUCAAGAGUCAAGAAGAUGGGAGAAUCGUCGCUACCAGUCAUAUAGGACCCAAGGACGUGGUGCUGUUCAAGUUGUUAGAACUAGAAGAGCCAGGAUCACAUAAAGCUUGUAGAUUUGGGGACGCGGUGUGGCUGCAAAUCUGUGGCGGCCCCGGCGAGCCGUCCUGGAGACAUGGGAGUGUGGUGGGUGCCAAGGUUGUCGGUGCUUGUAAUCUGCCGACAGUACCUAUAGACCCGAAUGUGGCUGAGUAUAUUGGAGGCGACCAAGUCGAGACGGGUCUCGGCGCGCCGGCGCCCGUGAGGGCCAUGCUCCCGACGGGAAAAGAGGCCAUGUCGUUCCACGAGAUGCGUCAUAGAAACAAGGCCGCUCUGACGCUAGGUAGAUGGAGAUUAUUACCAGCAAAUGACGAAACCGCAGAAAAGGCUGCCGAGCGGGGCGGAUUUGUAUGUAACGGUGACCUUGUGUAUUUGGAGCAGGACUUUUUCCACGUGACCAUGGAUCGGAACGGUAAUACGUCGUUGGAGCGAGUCCCGAAAGUAACAGAAUAUCCUGGCUACCGAGUAGAAAGAACUGGUUGUUGGGUCUUGCGGAUUGCGACACUCACAAAUGAAAAUAUGAAUGAUUUGUCCUAUAAAGAACAAAGGGGCGAGUUAUUGAUGCAGAAGGCUAUUAAGAGCAUGCGUCGUUCACAUGCGAACAGGAUGGGUCGCCGCGGCUACGACCGCGACGCCGACGAACCGAUAUUACUUAAGAAAGGCGACGACGCGCCCCGGCUGCCCGGUGGCAAGUUGUUUUGUACCUUACUAAGGCAUGUGGUCAUGGAGCGCGAAGCUUUGGAUGAACAGAAAGUCCUAGCACCACACACCGAGAAGGAACGGUACCCGCACAACUACUUCGCGUCGCGCUUUCCCACGUGUGGGCCACCGGUGAUCGCGCCCGACGAGAAAACAAUUGUGAAGUUAAGACCGUCCGAAAUGCGGGAACGGGCCCCACAAGUGCAAAGAGCGCCGCCGACGCACACCUUCCUGACACAGGAUAGUCAGGAGGCCUCGUCACCCAUCAACAAACAAAUAUCGGUCAUCACCGAAGGCACGGUAUUGACCAAUAAAACGGAUUGCCCUUCAUUGGUGUACGGGCCCGAGUGGCACAUUCCGAACCGAGAUCUACUUAUUAACAGACACACCACCAAGUCCUCGAUAUGCCCCUACCAGUUCGGCACGGAGGAUGAAGAGGACGACUUCUCCGAAGUCACGGAAGUUGCAGAGCUCAUAUCAUUAGAUCAAGUCUCGAAAAUUCAAAAACGGAAGGCUAGAUUGUUAGGUAAAGCAAAAUCCUGGGCCUACGAUUUAGGGAGCGAGGACCAGUUCGUCACGGACAUCAAACGAGACGAAUCGCUCACGGCGAAGAUGCGCCAGCAGAUUCUGCGGGACCCCGACGGCGAGUCCGAGAAGGACUCGUUUUUGUCGGAUGACGUGUCGGUAGCGUCCGGCAGUCGCAGAAGGUCGCGGUCCAUGGAUUCUUAUAGUAUAGAAAUCCCGCAGACCAUCGAUGAGAGCGGAUCUGAUUCGGAGGAUAGCGGGCCCGUCUACGACCCCGACGCGACCGAUGGAGACCGGGACGUCGAGAAGGAGGCCAUGGACGCUAUUGAUAACUAUUUCAAAGUCUGGCAGGAACAACUGAAGAAUCAAGAAAAACGGGAUGUUUCUACUAGACUUGUGUCGGAGGACAAAUUCUUAGCGCACAAUAUCGACUUUUUGAAGCGGCGGGAGCGGUUCAAGACCAUGUUUGCGCAAUUGAAGAUUGAUAACGCUCGGGUCGAGGAGACUUCUUCAUUAAUGCAAGAUCUAGCAGAUGAAAGCGAGGCUCCACUCGUCCAUAACUUGGAGGACUUAGCAACUUUCGACGAAGCCGAGUGCAAGAAGCACUUCGACGAGUCGAUGGAUCUAUUGCGAGACAUGGUCGAAGCCACGCGGGAAGCCUUCCAGAAGUUCGUGCUGCCGCAGCUCGCGGGCGGCAUGAAGGACGGCUCGACGGCGAAGAUGGCCGAGUGCGCUUGUGAGGCAUCUCUGAUUGUUGGUGCGUUUAGUGAGCGAGUGGUGGCUCCUCGAUGCUCCGCAUUUGCUAAAGCGCUGAAGGAGUAUUUGGUGACGGCGGCGCAACUCACUUACAACGUGAAGGACGAAGAUUUGCCCCAGGUGAUUGCCGAUUUAGCUGCUCCUUCAUUAGAUCCCGAUGUUCUCAGAAGACAUGCGAAGAAGUUCUAUUCGGAAGUGGAUUUGUUCUGCACGCACGUCGGGGAGGCCUAUCCUAAAAGACGGAGGCGGUCAACUAGGCGGAAACGGCGAUCAACUAGGCGGCGGUCUUCCCUACUGGCGCCGGUGGGGGCGCCGGCGCCGGCGCCGGCUCCUGCGGCCGCUCAAAGGGCGAAGACGCCCGAGGCCAAGGCCGCGGGCGCGCUGUAAGUAUCGUUAUCUACUGCUUCUCGGUGGGUGUCGCGGAUGUGAUGUGUCGUUGCGUCGAUUUCUGUUGCGGUGCUAGGACUAGUUUGCGGGCCCCCUGGGCCGGCGGCGGACCGCCGCCGAUACGUAUGAGUUGUUACGGUGCUAGGACUGUGGGCGGAGAUACGUAUCCAGCUUGCUAGUGUCUUGCAGCUAGCUGAUUAUGUGCCGGCGCUCCGAGCUCGACGUUGCGCUAUUAUUUCAGACGCGCUGUGCCAGUAUUACAUACAAAAACCGAUUUAAAAUUUAUACAUCAUCCUUGGCUUCGGUUUGAUGACGGCUGGAGCGCCUGAUAGGCCCGCAGCAGCCCUGGCAAGCGCUACCGGUGAUGACAGCGCUACGGCCGCGGCGAGCGCCGCGACAGGUCGAGGCGGCCUACUAGCGCAAGUGCGCGCCGCUGGCCGAGCCUCGCCGGUACGAGCGCCCUCAACAGCGGCAGCGCGUGCGGGAGCGCACGCCGCCGCCGCUGAGGCCGCCGCGGCGCGAGCAGCCGCUGAGGCACCAGCGCGCGCGCCCGCCGCAGCCGACGCAGCGCCCGCGCGGACGCCGAAGGCAAGCGCGACGCCCGCGCUGCGCACGCCAAAAAACACGCCGCGCGCGCCCGUCGCGCUGGCCAUCACGGGCCGCCGCCGCGGCUCCGGGAGCCGGACGCCGCGCCAGGUCCUCGCGGACGCGCUUCAGGUACGAAGCGCGAAGAAGGGCUUCUCCGGCGCGCUCUUGAGGCUCGUGAGCGACGUCGUCCAGGGCCAGAAGCUCCGGAAAGGAGCUAGAGUCUGGCUCGACCGCGGCGGCGGCGCCUUCGCUGCCGGAGAACUCCUCUCCGCACCACAAAAAGAGUCGGGCCGCUGCGUCGUGAAGAUUGAUGGAGAGGAGAGACCAAUCCAGUGCCACGCGUCGCAGCUCUGUCCUUCCGAUAGAUAUGGUGCCGAUAAUGAGUGCCUGGUUGAUGUAGAUGAUCGAUGCUUACUCAGGACGCCGUCGUCGCCGUCACCAAAGGAGUGCGUCGCGGUGACGCGGCCGAACCACGAUGGCCGUCUCGUCGUGCGCGUCGACGGCGGCUACCAAGGAGGCGGGAAACGCGCGUGUCGACUGGUGCACGUGGGCCAGCUCGAAGUUUUAGAUGAAGGCUGGUGGGCGUCGUCACCGCAGGAACCACCUCCUGUUCAAGAGGAGGUCAAGGAGGAAGUGUGGGCUCCGGUGGAUGACCCGGUCUACGCUCCUUAUUACAGGAUGCUGCGCGUCGGCGCGCCGGCGGCCGCCGUGGCCCAGAAGAUGGCUCGAGAUGGCAAUGAUCCCCUGAAAAUAGAAGCCACCUCUGUGCAUGCCGCGGGCCUGGUCGUGUCCUCGUCCAAAGUCGAGCCGGGCGGUUCUGUGGCCGCUUUGUUCGGGAAUAAGACAGGACCCGUCCUACCUCAAAAAAAACGGAGAUCGCGGACCGUCAAGGAGCUGCCCCUCGACUACCACGAUAACGACGUCGAGGGGUCGAUAUGGGGUGAUGUUACACAAUUAAACGGCAUCGAGGUGCACAAUACACAGCUAGAGAAGCUCUUUGUUCGAACGACGACGCCCGACGCCAAGAAGGUCAUUCAAAGGAGACCGUCUCCGACGGAGCAGAAGGAGGUGGUGUUGGCUCCGAAAAGAAGUACGAACGUCGCGAUCGGUCUGGCGGGUGCUAGACUUGAUGCUUUAUCUGUAGAAGACAUAAGAAGAUCGGUAGCGAGGUGCGACGCCGGUGCGUUUAGUAAAGAUCAACUGGAAGCCCUGCGGAUGGCGACGCCUUCGCAAGACGAGGCGCUGCGGCUGAAAACAUGCGAUGCUAGCAAUAACUACGAAAAGUACGCCGAGGCGGAACGCUUCAUGUGUCGCGUCGUCUUAGUGCUGGGACGGGACGCCUUCGAAACGCGUGUGACAGCAUUAAGAUUCAGGGCCCAGUUCGGCGAGCGGGCGGCGCACGUCGCCGCGCAAGCGAAUGAUCUAAGAAGAGCCUGCGCGGGCGUGACGUCGUCCGAAGCUUUGAAGAAGCUCCUGACCUAUGUGUUGAGGCUGUCGAAGGAGCUCGACGAUCGCCGGAGCACGCCUCGCAAGAACACGGGCGGCUUCCGGCUCCACUCUCUACUCAAGCUGGCGGACACCAAAGCCUUCGAUCGGGAGACGUCGGCCUUGGAUUACGUCGUGAGCAUGAUGGUGGCGAAUGAUGAUGAGGCGACGCUGCAUGUGUUUGACGAGCUGCCUGGUUUGAAAGCAGCCCAACGGGCGUCGAUGGCGCACUGCCAGAGGGAAGUGAAGAACCUGCAGCACGGGUUGUCUCGCAUAUCGUCGUUGAUCGAAUCAUCAGGAGACGACGAGGACGGCGUCGCUUGUGCCGAUGCUUGUUCCGCUUUCAGGGAUCUGGCGAGUGGCGCCCUGAAGGGUCUGGAGGCCGACGUCGAUGCGGCCUCAGACGCCUUCCGCGAGACGCUGUCGUACCUACGGGAAGCAGAGCAGACGCCCGAGGAGUUCUUUUCUACAUUAACUUCUUUUGAGGCGAAAUUCGCGGAAUCGAGGAAGCGGUGCGCCCAUAGAGCAAGGGCGGAGCAGCGCCGGCGCGACGAGGAACGGCGGCGGCCGUCCGCCGAACGGCGCAUCGAGGCGAAGCUGUCUAGGAGGGAGAGUGCACCGGUGCUGCACUCUCCCAAACAACGAACAAAGCACCGGCGGAACUCCUCCACCGGCGCGUUGCCGCAGAACGCCGCGCUCGAGGCCAUGCUGCAGCGGCGGCAGCCGCGGUCGCGGUCGUCGCCGGCGGACUCGCCGCCGCCGCCGCCUUCACUAACUCCGCUCUCGCCGGUCGUGUCCGAGACCGCGGCGUCGCCCGUCGCCGCGUCGCCGCCGCGGGUUCCAUCGGAGCCCGAGCCGCCGGCCACGCCGCCCUGCCCGCCGCCGCCUUCUUUAACACGCCGCGCGACGACGCCGCGGAGCGACGACUCGGACUACUCCUGCGACGAGGACGACCUCGCGGCCGUCGCGGAUCUGGAUUUGGGGCAUUAA